AACACAACGAUAACAUCUCUGGCCGUUUCUCAAAUUGCUCCUGCACAUAUUGUACGGACAGUACUUGAACGCAUCGUCAUAUUGACGUCGCUUCCGACAAUGGACGAGUAACGCCUGUUAAAGCGAUCUUGGCGAUGGCCUAAUGAAUAAGUGUGUUCGGUUUAAACGAUUUUAACAACAAAACUUUGAUGCAACUACGUUUUGAAUCAAAGCAUAAGCAAAGGGACCAGAUGCAGUCCUUUGCUCAGGAGAUCGAAGGAUUCUCCAAAAGUCGUCUGAAGAAGCAGGUCACUCACGUCACCACCAUCACAGGACGGCGCCAUGUGGAGAGGAGGAGGGACGGAGGGACCUGCGAGGUCCAGGACAUUGAAGAUGAGCCUACGGGCUUUGGCUUUGUUGAAGACAAAAGUCUAGACCUUCAAGUGGGCGUGGUUAGACCUUUUCUUCUACUGGCCUCCCAGGAUGUGGCCCAUGACAUUGACACACUGCAGAGAUAUAAGGUGUCUCAUGUGCUGAAUGUGGCGUAUGGUGUGGGGAAUUUGUUCCCAGACCAGUUGACCUACAAAACGGUGAACAUACUGGAUGUUCCAGACACUCCAAUCACCUCCUAUCUGGCGGACUGCUCAUCGUUCAUAGACCUAGCCAGGGCCAAGCCGGGCGUGGUACUGGUGCACUGCAAUGCUGGCAUCUCACGCUCCACCUCCAUCGUGAUUGGCUACCUGAUGCUCCGCGAAGGGCUGUCAUUCGAAGAGGCGUUGGGACAGGUUAAGCACGCCAGGCCGUCAGUCUGCCCCAACGCGGGCUUCUACCAACAGCUGAAGAGCUACGCCCCUGGAAGAGCUUAAGACCCCAACGCUUCAAAACAUCAGGCUAAUUAAAAGACCAAUUAAAGCAACACACACAUGCUUAAGGAGAUUGGUGCUGCGUUGGUUGUCUGUUCUUGGUAUGGAUUGUGUUGAUUAUAGAAUGUCAUGACAUUGCAAUAGUGAGUGAAUAUUAUUUGUUUGUAUUUUACACACAACGUCAGGUGUUUGUGUCAGAGAGAGAGAGAGUGUGUGUGUGUGUAUGUGUGUGUGUGUGUGUGUGUGUGUGUGUGUGUGUGUGUGUGUGUGUGUGUGUGUGUGUGUGUGUGUGUGUGUGUAUGUGUGUGUGUAAGUGUGUGUGUGUAAGUGUUAAUGUAAAAUGUGCUGACGGUUCUCUGCAUGGGCUAUUUGCCAUUUGUUUGACAGCUGGUUUACACUUAAUGUCUGCUGUGUUAUGUAUUUAUUUAUUCAGAAUAGCCAUUAUAUUUUCGUUUUCACUUCAUAUUUGAACUAAAUUGUUAUCUAUAUUAUUGGUUGAUAA